AAAACUGUGACUUAAAUAAGCUUAUUUUUAAUACAAAAUUAAUAUUGCCUGUAAAUAUAGAACACCAUCACAUCUGGAAGUGUGGAUGUGACGUCAAAAAAGAGUUGCUGUAAACGUUGGAGCCUAUGGAAAACGUGCGUAAAAACGUCUCCUGUUCCGCCUCGCAGCCUCAGCCUGAGUCUCUGACGGCGUCUGGAGGAAGUGGGCUGAAGUUGUUUGGUGUCAAAUAAACUUGUCGGCGAAUAGCAGGACUUUUGGGGAGGAGCCACUCCGCCAGGAGGCUGUGGUACCUUCUCAGCAUCUCUCUUGAGCCAGCUGAGGGAGUUGUGCGCGUGCCUUGCAGGAGACUGAAAGAUGCUUGAAAUCAUGAAAGGAUGGAUGUGUUGACAGUUUGAAGCUAUAUUAAUGUCUGAGAUGGAUCAAAGUGGAGAUCUUUAUUGAACCUCACGUGGAGAAAGACUGUUUAUGUGGCUCUGAUUCUACUCAUAUUAGCCCCCCUCUACAUCUCCAACAUGCCAGUUCAGAACCAAGAUUCUCCCAAAGAUGCGGCUGAAGAAAAUGGUCUUCCAAAGCUUCCCCUGCCGGACCUGAAAGACACACUGGACACGUACCUCAGAUGUGUGAAGCACCUGCUCACUGAAGAGCAGUUCAACAAGACUCAUAGGAUAGUGAGGCAGUUUGGAGCCCCUGGAGGGGCGGGGGAGCUUCUGCAGAGCAAACUCGUGGAGAAGAGGGAGAAGACAGCAAACUGGGUCUAUGACUACUGGCUGAAUGACAUGUACCUGAACAACCGAGCAGCUCUGCCCGUCAACUCCAGUCCUGUGAUGGUUUUCCCACAGCAGAACUUCAGGGCUUCAGUUGACUCUUUAAAGUUUGCCGCUCACUUAAUCUCAGGCGUUUUGGAGUACAAAGCUCUUCUAGAUGCCCAUGACUUGCCGGUGGACUAUAGCCGGGGACAGCUGGCUGGAACCCCUCUGUGCAUGGAGCAGUACUACCGCCUGUUCACAUCCUACCGCCUACCAGGAGUGGAGAGAGACACGCUGGUGGCGCAGGAGAGCAGCGUGAUGCCAGAACCGCAACACAUGAUAGUGGCUUGCAAGAACCAGUUCUUCGUUCUGGACGUGGUGAUCAACUUCCGCCGACUCAAUGAGAGAGACCUGCUGACUCAGCUGGAGAAGAUCAAGAAGAUGGCAGAAAGCGAGGAGGAGCGUCUCCCGCCGGUGGGUCUCCUCACUGCAGAUGGAAGGACAGAGUGGGCAGAAGCUCGCAGCAUUCUCAUAAGAGAAUCAACCAACAGGGACUCCCUUGACAUGAUCGAGCGCAGCAUGUGUCUGCUCUGCCUGGAUGAGGCCAGUGGUCCUGAGCUGAGUGACGCCACGCGCGCCACGCUGAUGCUGCACGGAGGAGGAGCGCCCAAAAAUGGGGGAAACCGCUGGUACGACAAGCCCAUGCAGUUUGUUGUAGGAGAAGACGGCUGCUGUGGAGUCGUGUGUGAACACUCCCCUUUUGAGGGAAUCGUCCUUGUGCAGUGCUCAGAGUACCUCCUCAAAUACAUGAUUGGGAGCCCGUCAAAGCUGGUCAGGGCUGCGAGCGUGAGCGAGCUCCCUGCUCCUCGCAGGCUUCGCUGGAAAUGUUCUCCGGAGAUCCACAAACGCCUCAACUCUUCUGCUGACCGACUCCAGAGGCUGGUGAAAAAUCUGGACAUGAAUGUUCAUAAAUUCUGUGACUAUGGGACAGAGUUCAUCAAGAAACAGAAAAUGAGUCCAGAUGCCUUCAUCCAGGUGGCCUUGCAGUUGGCGUACUACCGGUGUCACGGCAGGACGGUGUCGACCUAUGAGAGCGCGUCCACUCGCCGUUUCCAGCAGGGCAGAGUCGACAACAUCCGCUCAGCCACACCUGAAGCGUUGGCUUUCGUCAGAGCAAUGACUGAUGGGAAACUCAGCUCAAGCAGCACAGAGAAGAUGACGACACUGCGAGAGGCCAUAGCUGCACAGACUAAGUAUACUGUUCUGGCCAUAUCAGGGAUGGCAAUAGACAAUCAUCUGCUAGGUCUACGAGAGAUUGCUCAAGACAUGAAGAUGGAGAAGCCAGAAAUCUUCAAAGAUGAAGCGUAUCUCAUCAGCAACCAGUUUCUUCUCUCUACAAGUCAGGUCCCCACCACCGUGGAGAUGUUCUGCUGCUACGGACCUGUGGUCCAACACGGAUACGGGGUCUGCUACAACCCCCGGUCAGACCACAUCCUCUUCGCGGUGUCCAGUUUCCACCAGAGCCCGCAGACAUGUUCAGCAGAGUUUGUGAAGCACUUGCAGCAGGGACUGCUGGAUAUGAGGGAUCUGUGCAAUGCAGGCAGCACUGACCCGAAUACGGCUGAGCGAAGGAAGGGUCCGACACCGGAGGCAGAGAAGACACCGAAAAGGAAAUCGGACCCAACCGAGGAGAAGAAUCCAGACCGGAGAAAUGUGCAGAGUUCAGCUCAGGUAAAGAAAAACAAUGAGAAGAAAUGAGAAACUUCCAGUCAUGUUGGUGGUGUUUUUGUGCUUCAAUUCCUCAAAAGUAAAUACAAACUGUGACUAUUAAUGUUUUGGAGGCGUACUAUUGUAUAGUAAUCUAAAUAUUUUAAAAAAUCUAUUUAUUUUUUUUCAUGAAAGAUAAAGAUAUUGACACAAAAAUAAAAUCCAGUGCAACAGAGGAUGGAACUCAAGAUUAAAGCUACAAAAAGUUACACAAAACUGAACUGAUUUAGCCAAAGAAAAAAGUUUAUUUAUGAACGAGAGAGUCUAAAUUUAUGCUUUUCUGACAACUGUGAACCUUGUCUUCCUUGUUUUCUCUAAAAAUAUAUUUAAAAAAAAUCUUCAAGUAUUUUUUUGUGUCUUAUUAGGAUGUACAAUGUGGGUGUGUUUGUAGAAAUCCAAAUUAAGUAAAGCUGUGCCAAAUCUUUUAAUGAAAAAAUGUCAAAUAAAAUAUGCACCUGUACCUCUAUGACAAUGUAGCUCUGAAAGGAAAAUGUAUAUUUAACUGAAAAAUCUUUAUGUGAAUUGUUGUCAAAAAUAUAUAAAUGAAAAUAGAACUAAAAUGGUUACUGACCUUUAUUUUUUUAAAUGUAAUAUGUUGUGUGUUUUGUUUUCAUUCAAUGAAAAACUUGAAUUGUGUGUAUAAGUGAAAAUAAAUGUUAUUAAAAGAGCAUUUGAUGGAGUCUUAUGAGUGCAAAUGAGCUUAAAACAUAAAAGUGGAGCUAAUUUAGAAAUGUAUUCUCUAUUAUAAAUGAAAAAAGAAAUUAAAAAAAUUAAAGAAAAUCAAGAAAUGUCUUUGAUUUCAUCUUAAAAUGCUUCCCUUUGCUGAACUGAACAGACGCAUUGCUGGAGUUGACUGACCGACACUCAGUGCAGAAUCAUAUUUAGUGUUUAUUCUAUGUCUUUUUGCUCAGUAAUGUUUCUUCCAUUAAACUGCUGUUUGUCAGUUUUGAAUUUUAAGGUUAUGAAACUUUAAACCUUCACAGAAUCAACAUUUUAAACGUUUCCUCUGCCGUUCUCCUUCUGCUGUAUUGCAGUUAAUAAAGUUUCGUUUUGAUAUUAAUGAUAAUUAUUAUUUCUUCUGCAUUAAUCAUUAUUAUUUUUUAAAUUUCUGUUAAAUAUUUUUGGUUGAUCCUCACUGAAUUACUUCAAACAACUCCUGCAAAUGCAUGGGAGUCACAUCGCCACAGAGCUCAUUUAUCGGGACGAUGCUGGACUUUCCUGCAGAAUCACGCCAGGCGAUGACGCUCAAAGUCAGCGAGGACACUGCCUUCAUAAAACACGAAGAUCCUGGAGGUCAGUGAACGAGUUCAUCUAUGACUCAGACACACUUGAGUCAUCAUGAAGUCAUCCAGCAGGUAAACCUCAGAGUGAAGAAAAGGACAUCGUUGUCUGCGUAACUCAAUGCUGCUGCUGUGGAAAAUGCUUGAAAUAAAAGAAUUCAUCAUCAAGCUCGUCCUGCUUUUGAAACAGCCGAUUAACGACUGAAGAUUUGGUUUAUUUCAAGCAAUAAAAGCAAAAAAUAAUACGAUACAGUUCAAUUAAUUGAUUGAUAAACUAUUUUGCAUACAGUACAUGACACAUUAAAAAAUAAAACUAUAAAGUUUGUCAAAAAGAGAUCGAUGCUUUGAUGUUUUCUCUUUUUUUUUUAUUAAAUCAACUUAAUCAACUAACUGAGCAGGAGAUUUCAAACUGAUCUGAUUUGUUCUCCAGAAAAAUGGUUUUAUGUGGUUUUCUCAAUUAAAAUAAAUACAACUGAUAAAUGAGUAAACUACACAAAAAAAGAUCAAUUCUACUUCUUUUUUUUCUUUUUCUUUACAAGCUUAAACAUUCUUAACCUGUCUGGUUUAACUGCUUCUGCUUUUUUCUGAAUAAACCAGAUAAAAAGCUUGAGCAAAAUGUUCAUGCAGCUGUUCAAGGCAGAAAAGCUUAAAUCCUGCAAUUCAAAGCAAAAUUUCUUACAUGUAGACUUUAGUUCAGGCUCAAAAACUGUUCUGAGAUA